AUGGGAGCUGAGAAUCCUCCAAAGUAUGAGUAUGGUUACAAUAUAGUCGGAGAUAAGGGAGGAGAGCAAGGAAAACAAGAACAGAGAGACGGUAUUUACGCAUCAGGAAGGUAUUUCGUGCAGAACAAAGAUGCAAGGCAGGACGUUCAAUACUUUGCUGAUGAUUGGGGCUACCAUCCUGCCGUAGAAUAUGCUAACGUUGGACCACACAGCAAAGCCAGCGCAAAAUUUGCUCUUGGACAUGAAGCCGUAGUCCAACUAAGGAAUAAAGAGGCAAACAAGCCUCAACUGGAAGGAUUACCAGACACGGGACCACUAAAAAAAGAUGGUGUGGGAAGCUCACCUAUACCAACGCAUACUAUUCCAGCCCCGAUCCUCGAGCAACCAAAACCACAAAACACUUUACUUGUACCAAUACCUAACCAACAAACCAUAGUCCAACAACAGGAAGUACCGCAAGUACCAUAUGAUCCAUUCAGGGAACAACCUCAGCCAGUCAGUCCAGCUCCAACUCAGGAAGUUAUUUAUCACGAUCAACCCAAGGUGCAAAUUCAACAUCAAAUUGAACAACAACCUCAGCCGCAAAUUGUAUAUGCGCAGCAAGAACCUCAGCCUGUUGCCCAACAAGAACAGUCUCAAUAUCAGCAAGUUGUAUUUGAGCAACCUCAACUAAAACAGGAACUGGCACAACCAGCUCAACAACUUUAUAUCCAACAUAUUCCACAACCUGUAGAAAAUGUCAUAUUUCCCCAACCAAGUCCUACCCCCCUAAUAUACCAAAGUAAUCAACCAGAACAACAACAGGUAUUGAUAGAACAACCACAGCAAAAUAUAGUAUUGUUGGAUCAACAAAAACAAGAACAAUUAGUUGCUGAGAAGUUGGUUAAAACUGACAACCAGGACAAUGCUUUCUCUUACCAAGAAUUUGGUUUAAAAAUUAAAACAAAAAGACCUACGAAGUUAAUAGAAAGCACACAGCACCUAGUUAAUGGUCAGGAUGUACUAGACAUAAAUAGUGCAGUUACAAACUAUGAGGAAGAAAGUAUUAAAUCAACAACCGCUUACCCUACAGUUACUGAAUACACUGUUACCGAACCAAGUCUUAAGGAACAGCCUAUAGUAGUAGCUGAUAUUGAUAAUAAAAUUGUAUCAUCUACACAAAGCAUUCUUAAAGAACAGGAACAUAUUGUGUCUACAACUGCUAGUAGUAUAGAGUCAGUUUCGACCACUUUUGAGUCCACUUCCCCUACUCCAACUAUUGUAGUAACUCCAAGACCGGUGAGCACUACUUUCUUAGCACCGAUCACUGCAGGAGUCAGACUUGAAAGUACGGAACACGGAGAAGAGAAAUAUAAAUUAAAUAAGCAAAAUGUACAAAUCGAAGUACAAAAAACAGUUCCAUAUUAUUUAGGCAAGUAUGAAUAUCCCCUUUCACAAGAAGGAUAUUAUGCAGCAAAUAAUUCUUUAACAGAACAAAAUGUUAAAAAUGAUUUGGAGUUAGGAAAAACGCUUUUGUAUUUCCCAGGUCAAGUACCAGCACCACAAAAUCAAAUAUUGGAAGUUGACAAUCAUAUUAAUGUUCAACAAUUACCAAAUACCUUCAUACAUAACCAGUUUGCCGAACUAGACCAACAGUUUGCUCAAGGUUACCAACAUCAAGUUUUCUUGCAACAAUUACCAACACAGCAAAAAGAAAUAACUAAAAUUAUUCACCAACCGUAUGCUGUAAAAGUUCCCUAUGAAGUACCUGUACCAAUAGUCAAGCAAGUUUCUGUACCUGUGACAGUUGAAAAGGUUAUAGAAAAACCUGUACACAUUACAAAAAUUGUUGAAAAACCAGUACCGGUGCCGCAACCUUAUCCUGUUGAAAAAAUUGUAGACAGACCAAUUCACAUACCUGUACAAAUUACAAAGUAUGUUGACCGACCGUAUCCAGUAGAAGUACGUGUCCCCUAUCCCCAACCUUACCCAGUAGAAAAAGUUGUGCAAAAAAUCGUUAAACAACCAUAUCCUGUUGAAGUUCGAGUACCAGUACCUGUAGAUAGAAUAGUUGAAAAGAAAGUACCUGUUCAUCACUAUAUUGAAAAGCCUGUUACUGUAGAAAAAAUAGUAGAAAAGCCUGUGACUCAGUAUGUUGAUAGACCUUAUCCCGUUCAUAUUCAAGUACCUGUCCCUACUCCAGUAGCAGUUCCUGUGGAUCGUAUAGUUGAAAAGAAAGUGCAUGUUCCUCAAUAUAUAGAAAAACCUGUACAAGUGGAAAAAAUAGUUGAGAAACCAGUACCUCAGUAUAUCGACAGGCCAUAUCCUGUUGAAGUUAAAGUACCAGUACCACAACCUUAUUAUGUUAAGGUAGAAGUACCCAGACCUUAUGCAGUGCAGGUCCCUGUCAAGUUCAUUGAAAAACCUUACUAUACUUUCCCAUUGCAGAAUGUUAACCAAUGGAGUUAUGGAGGAAUAGCCCAUAAUUCCCAAAUCAAAUCGAACGUUAAAACACAGCUUCAUCAAAGUUUAGCUUCUCAUGUACAACAAAGUUUAAACUCAAAACUUCAGGCGAUUAAUUUAAAUCAAUUAAAGGAUUCUCAAGUUUACUCUGGAUAUGCUAACAUAAAAGAUGCAAAACUCGAAUCUGCUCAUUCUAACUUAAAAGAUUCUCAGAUCCAGUCGAGCUAUUCUAACGUAAAAGUUGUUGACCAAAGUACUUCUGACGGUUAUCAUUAUCCCAAUCCCUAUGCUUACGCACCACAAAAUAACUUUUAUUUGCCACCUAAGAAGGAAUUUGUAAUAAGUAAUGAAUAUCUACCUCCAGUUAACAACAAUUGUGAUCAUCCCCAGGUUAAGGGAAACGAUAAUUACGUUGGAUUGUUACCACCAAAAAUCGGACAGCAUUUGGGUAGAUAUUUAAGAAAGUAUAGAAGCGCCAGGUCUAACUUCGAUGAAAAAAAUAUUAAGAUGGAAUACGGGUUCAUGCCUCCUUUGGUACCUUCCUUAGAAAUUGACGAAUACGGACAACCUGUAGAGAAAGGAGAAAAGUAA